GAUUCUUUGAUUUAAUCGUUAUGGUAAUUUUUUUAUAUCUCGUUCUUCUGAUUGUACAGAAAGCAAUUUAAUUAUUUUCUAAAAGUUUAAACUUUAAUUAAGAAUAAUUACGAGAUAUUGCGCAAUUUUAAAUUCGAUUAUCGAUAUCAAAUUAUCGAUAUAAAAUUAUUAUAGUAUUGAUUAUCGAGUUAUCGGAUAUUAAUCGAUAAAUCUAAAUGUUAUUACAAUGAUAUUAAAAAAAAAUAUCGUAUGUUAUUAAGUAGUUUAAAUAUUUUUUACAUUUAUACAUAUUUUCAACAACAAAACUUUCAAUUUAAAAGAAAUUAAAACUUAACACUAAUAAAAAACUAAAAUAAAAAAAAUAACUCAUUUAUUAAUUUUUAUUCAUAAAAAAUGAAUAUUGUAUAAAUUAAAAUAUAUUAUAGUUAAUGUGUAUAUAUAUUAUUAUAUAAAUAUGUAUAAAUAUAUUUUUUAUUAAAUUUAUUAUUAUAAUUAUGUUUAAAUAAUUAUUUUGUAUUGUAAAAUACAAGCAAUUAUGUUUUGAGAAAUAUAACAUAUCAUUUUUGAAGUUCAAAUUUCGUAUAAACCGCUAAACUGAACUAAUGAUAGCGUUGAACAUCAGAUGGCGCGGCAAUUUUAGUUCUACUUGAAUACACGGGAGUUUCCAUGGACCCUGUCGCCGACGCACCUGGCGCAUCGACCGAGAAACAGAAACAGCUGUCUGUUCGAAGCAACUUCGAAAGUAUCGUUUGUUAAUUGUUGAUUUAGAAUUGUGUAGAUCUUUGUUGCGUUAUUUGUGGAAUGCGAAGUAACGAGGUUUCGGGGUAUUGUGCCUGUCAUCAAACGCGUACUAGUCUGCCCCUUGCUUCACCACUCUUUACCGCUUUAGGCGGUUGCUUCGAUGAUAACGUGCUUGCCUUUUAUUUUUCCGAUUUCUACGAUCCGGAACGUUUCUCCCCCUUUCCUCUCUUUGCUUCUCACUCUUUCCUUGUCCCCACUUGCUCAUUCUCGCGCUCUCUCCCCCUCUAUCUUUCUUUAUUUCUCUUUCAAGUUCUCCGUUUCUCUGUCCUUCAUUUUCCCUCUCUGUUGUUCUAAGUUACUUUCAAGAUCUCUGUGUUCUUCACCAACGAUGUAAACAGACUGAUAUUUUUUGGAGAAAAUUUUCAUUUUUCUACUUUAAUUUAUAUUUGUGUAUAGUUGUCUGUUGUUGUUAUUGCUCCAACUAUAAUCAUACGUGCACGCAAAUGACGCACCUAUAAGUGAAAUACGCACGCAUCAACAAGCAGCAUUUCUUCGAUGACACUGUCGUUGAUCAGUAACGAUUCUUAGGAUAACAGUUGGAUAUAUCGAGAAAAAAAUAUUCGUAAUUUUUUAUUUGAUUCCAUUUUUUUGAUACUUGUUUUUUCUAUAAAGUUAUAGAUAAGAAUUCUCCCGCGCUAUGGAACACGGGUGUGAAAAGCAUAAAACGUUGGUUCAAAACUAAAGUUAAGUGAUAUUAAAGUGCGAAAAUCUUGAUGAUUUAAAUUUUUAGAAAUUAUGAUGAUAAUUUGCAUAAAAAAAAAAAUUAUAAGAUAAUUUAAAAAAAAAUCAUUUUUAAUUUCUUAUUGAAAAUAUUCCAUUGCCUUUAUUUUAAUUUUUUUAUCUUGCUGUUAUCCUCUUUUUUCUCAAUCUAAUAUUUUUUUUAUUUAAUUUGCUGUUUGUUUAAUUCUAAUCAUAUAAUAAUUUAUUCUAUUUAAAACAAUAAAACAUAUUUAUUUUUACAGUAGUACCAGUGCGAGCAAAAUAUAAUCUCCAUAAUUAUUGAACGAUGAAGGAAUCAUUAGUAGAAAUUAUCAAAUAAACAUGGCAUCUCAAAUAAAGAAUUUAAUGGUUAACUAUUAGGCAUAUUAAGGAUAUGCUUUAUAUCAUCAGAAAGGAACUAAAUGAAUAAAUAAAAUUAUAAGGAAUGAUAUUCUAUUUGAAUCUAUUGGAUGUUAGAUAAAGUGAAAAAUGUCUGGUGAUUCAGGAUGGAAUACUGUUAUUCACCAUCCUUCAGAAUUAGAAUUACAGAAUUGGAAUUGGGAAGAAAACGAUGGAGAACAAGAAAGGGAGCUCCCUUCAACUGUUGAUAUGGAUGCUAUAAAGGGUGGUGGUAGCUGGGAUCCAACUACUGAACCUAAUGGAACAGAUUCGGUUGAUUCCGAAGAAGAUUCAGAUUCCGACGACGAAACCUCUGGCGGUACAGAAGGUAGUUGUUCUUAUUCAGAUUCGAAUUCGGAUUCAGACGACGAAAGUAGUGGUGACGAGGAAGAAGAUACAGGAUCCAAUUCGGAUUGUACAUCGGAACAUAGCGAACAAACAUUUUCCAUUCAAAAAACAAAUUUUGAACCGGGAGCGCUUAAAUUAAAAAUCAGUAUGAAAGGUCCAAAAAAAGAGGAUUCGGAAAAAGAAAAAAAUAAAAGAAGCAUACCAAAAAAAGUUAAAACGAAUCGAGGAGGAAAGUCAUCAGAAUGCAGUAGCGAUGAGUCUGACUCAUCUGAAAAUCAUUCAACUUCACAACAUACACAGCAACAACAGCAACAAAUGCAACAAUCUCAACAACAACAACAGCCACAACAACAUCCAACUCUUCAAGAGAUUAAUCAAGAAGAUUUGGCGGCUAUUUUACCAGAUCAAGAGCAUGAAGAUGCUCCAUUUGAUGGAUUUGAAGAUUCAGAAAGUGGUCGGUUAGUAUCGAAAGCUAUCGAGAGAAUGUCUCUUGGUGCAGAUUCAGAUACGAGUGAAAAUGGUGAUCAAAAUCCUGUACCUGUGUAUAGUUCCACUUUAUUACAACAAUUUGUAGAAAAAACAGCUCUGUUAUCAGAACCAAGAAAAAGGCGGAGUAAAUUAGGAAAAAAAUUGAAUGAUUCAGAAUAUCCUUGUGUUUCGAAUGUAUCUCCAGAUUCAGGAAUUCAAUCGGUAGAUAAUAGUCCAUUACAUUUGGCAAUUAGUCCUGUAAGUCCUCCAACACAGACACAAUCACCGGUGCAACCUGUUGUUACAAAACCUGCAGUAAACGUAGAUCGCGUUUUAUAUCCACCUAAACGAAAACCUGGUAGGCCAGCAAAGACAGUGUCUACGCAACCCCGUGGACCUGGUAGGCCAAGAUUAAAGCCAGAAAUUGUAGAAAAAAUAGAAAGAAUAGAAAAAACAGAAAAAACUGGAAAAACCGAAAAAAUUGAAAAGAAAGAAACUGUUUUCCAAGCAGUAAAAGUCACAAAAGAAGAAACAACUAAAAGAGGAAAAACAAAAUCUACAUCACAGAAAACUGUUGUAACUCGAACAGAUAAAAAUGAAGAAAAUAAUUCAACUAAAAAAUUAAAAGAGAAACCAGCUUGUCAAAAGAAACGGACUUGCAAUGUUUCUAAACAGUGUACGCCGGGAAAAGUAACUGGAAAGAGGAAUAAUACAAGUUCCCCAGCGCGUGUCAAGUGCCUAAGUAGAUCUGUUACGAAUAAGUAUGGAAAAGAGGGAAUUCAAUGCAAUGGUGGGACGUGUAAGAAAAUGAGGAAAGAUAAGCCUGGAAUAGGAAAUAAGACAACUCCUUUACGACGACAAAAACAAUCGGCUUGUGAUCGAAUUUCGAACGAUAGGAAAGUAAUUAACUCGAAUAAAAGAAAUUUAAAAGAAAAUAGAAGUAGUACUGUUCCCUUAGCUAAGAGACAAGCAUCAUUAAAGAAAAAUGUUGCGCCAGUUACGCGACGUGUAUUGAAAGAAAACAAAAGUACUAAAAAAACAACUGGAUUUGAAACAAAUGGUGUUGGAGUUCAAACUCUAAUAUCUUUACCUGUUGGCGAGGUAUUAAAGGCUGAAAAAGCUGAAAAUAUAACCAAUAAAUGCGAUAAGGCGACGCAACCUAUACAUAAUCACUGUCGCAAACAUCAUCAUCACAAACAUAGAAGACGAUUAUUGUUGCCACCUAAAAAUCCUAUACGUAUCCAUCCAUGUCUCAUACAAGAAUUAGAAAAAUUGAUAGAAGAAUUUUCAAGAUUGUGUAGUUUAGGUAGAAAUAAUUCAAACUCUGGAUAUUCUGAAUUACCCCAAAUUUUUCGUGUAAAAAAAUUAACAAAAAAAAGAAAGGGAGGGGAUGUUACCUCAAACGAUGAUCAGAAAUUAAAAAGACGCCUUAAAAAAGAGAAGAUUCUGUCAGGAACAGAUUCAAAAAAUAAUAUGAAUGCAAAUGCAAAUUCAAAUCCAAACGAACAAAGGUUACCAUUAAAAAAAAGGCAUUAUCAUGUAUCCAGUCCUCAUAGUUCACAAAGUUCGAAUGCAAGUGGCGCUGAUUUGGCUGUUAAUGAAGCGAAUUCUACUGAAAGUCAUAUAGAAGAAGCAAUCGAAGCUACAAUAACGAGAUAUGGAAGUGGUUCUGCCUUCUCUUUCCAAGAAGAUUCUGUACCUGUUACUCCUAAGAAGAGACAUAGGGAUACCGAAGCUGGUAGUCCUGACAAGUCUAAUGCAACAUCUUCCGAUUUAUUGGAAGAAAAACCCUUGAGCCAAAUAGAAGUACAACCGCGUCGUAAAAAGAAAAUUGUCAAAGACCUUCGCGUGACAGUUACAAAAUUACCUGUUGAAAGUCAUGGAAUUUUAGAAAAAUCCGACAAAAUGGAUAAAACUGAGAAAAGUGAUAAAGCCGAAAAAUCCGAGAAAUAUUCCACUGAUAGAAGUUCAAAAUAUCGUACAGAAAAAAGUAGAAGUGAGAAAAUAGUUGCAGAGAAAAUAAUAAAAAGCGAUAAAAAUCAAACUGAUAAAAUUGAAAAAAGAGAUCUCUCGCCAGAACAUGUUCGCUUGGAAAAAAAUAUAAAAAUCGAUGCGCCGGAAUUUAAUACAACGGAAAGCUUUGAUGAAAGUGAAAUUAAACCAGCACAAAACAAUCUCAAUUCAAAUGUUCCAAAUCCUUUGAAUUCUGCUGCUGUAUUAGUUUUGACUAAGAAAAAAAUGAGACGGCGGAAAGCUAUCAAUCGUACAGGUUUUCCAACAUUAAAAAAGAAGAAGAAAAGAUCUUUAAAUGCAAAUGAUACAUCGACGGAUGCAUCAAAAACUAUGGUUUUAAGCAAUGAAGAUGGUACAGACGUCGGUGCUGAUGGUGAAAAUUCAACAAAAGAAGGAAUCGAAGAUUCAGUAGUUGACAGUAAAACAAGUGUGUUAAGCAAUACUGAGUUACAAAAUGUAUUUAUUGAUGAACUUUCGACUAAACAUAUUAGUAAUGCCAUACAAAAUCGAGUUCAGUCAAAAGUUGAUUCAAUUGCAAAUCGAGAAAAUUCAAAUUCAUCAAAAUCGGAAACGAAUAGACAUGUUCGAUCUGAAGAACUUUCAGAACCUCGAUCAGGUCAAUUGCGAGUUCGGAAAGAUCUUGUAGAAACAGAUAACGACAAUGCAUUGAAUAAAUUAUGCCCUGUUAAAUUUGAAAAAAUUCAAGAUUCAAAAUUAUAUGAUGAAAAUGCAUCUUUAGAAGAAUCCCUCGAAAAAUUCACUUCAAAUCAACGCGUUGCAGAAUUAAACGAAGAGAAUAUAAAAAGAUUUGAGCGUGCAAAUUCCCAAACGAAUAUCAAAACGGAAAAUUCAAAUUCUUUUAAUGGCAAUCAGAAAAAACGAAGAGGAUCUUCGAGCCCUUGUAAUUUGACUCCUAGAAAUAUAAAACGUUUACGUAGUUCUGGUUAUGAUAUGGAGAAUGACAUUUUGCCUAAUAGCGACAUUAAUGAUGAUCACGAGGAAUAUGGCAAAGAUAUUGAAGGAAAAAUACGUGGUAGCAUUGAAAAUAAUAAUGCCACUGGAAGAAACAAAGUUGUAUGUGAAACUACUGAAUCUGCAUCUGCUACGUUAUUGUCUACCACAUAUCAAUGUGGUAAGCUUUUACGACAAAGAAAAAUGCCAUUUCAAUUGCCAUAUGAUUUGUGGUGGCUACAUACACAAUCUAGAUUACCUAGCAGAGAAUCAGUUCCAUCUUGGAAUUACAAAAAAAUUCGUACUAACGUAUAUUACGAUGUCAAACCCACUACACUUUAUGAAGCGCAAGCUUGCGAAUGCAAGCCGGAAAGCGGUUGCGGAGAUGAUUGUAUCAAUCGUAUGGUUUUCAGUGAAUGUUCUCCACAACUUUGUCCUUGUGGUGAUAAAUGCGAGAAUCAGAAAAUUCAAAAACAUGAGUGGGCACCGGGUUUACAAAAAUUCAUGACAGAGGAUAAAGGUUGGGGUGUAAGAACUCAACAAUCUAUUAAAUCAGGUGUUUUUAUUCUUGAAUAUGUUGGAGAAGUCGUUUCUGAAAGAGAAUUUAAAUCUAGAAUGGCGACCAGAUAUGCCAAUGAUACACACCAUUAUUGCUUACAUCUUGAUGGAGGUUUAGUAAUUGAUGGUCAUCGUAUGGGUGGCGAUGGAAGAUUUGUAAAUCAUUCUUGUGAACCUAAUUGUGAGAUGCAAAAAUGGAGUGUCCAUGGUCUUCCACGAAUGGCGCUAUUCGCUUCUAGAGAUAUUAAACCAGGAGAGGAAUUGACAUAUGAUUAUAAUUUUGCACUUUUUAAUCCAUCUGAAGGACAAGAAUGUAGAUGCGGUAGUAACGCCUGUAGAGGAGUGAUUGGUGGGAAGAGUCAAAGAGUUUCUAAAAGUAUCACUUCUAUUCCGUCGCAAUUAGAACCGACAGAAAGACGAUCGGUUGGAAGACCAAGAAAAAAUGUAAGAAAAUCUAAUGCAGUACAGUCUGUAAAUUCGAAAGGCAUGUGUAAAUCUCGAAAAGUAGGCGAUUCUAAUCUAAUUCAUGCCCCUGCAUUAAAACCUAUGUCUCAUCAACAAAGAUGUUUUGCUCAGCAACAUCAUUGCUUCUUAUUAAGAAAUUUAGAAAAAGUAAGACGAGUUAAAUUAUUAGUAAAUCAAGUACAAAUGCAAAAUGGUAAAGUAAAAUGUGGUAAUGCAACUACUGUAAAAGAAAAGAGUUCAGGUGAUGCUAAAAUCCAAUCUGAUGCAUUUUUCUCACAAUUAACUGCUUUAACAAAUGUAAAUACACGUACUGUACGAACUCGACGACUAGCUCAAGCUCAAGAUGAUCCAGAAGUGAAUAAAACUGCAAAAUUAGCUAAGGUAUUGAAAGAUCUAUAUAGUAUAGUAGCUACUGCAAAAGAUGAAAAUGAUCAAUUAUUAUGUACACCAUUUAUCACGUUACCUUCAAAAAGAAAAUUACCUGAUUAUUAUGAAAAAAUAUCAGAUCCUAUAGAUUUAUCAACAAUCGAUCAAUGUAUUGGUACAGGUCACUAUAAAACUGCAGAACAUUUUGAUCAUGAUAUGAUUAAACUUUUUGAUAACAAUGUAAGAUUCUUUGGGAGAACUUCUGAAAUGGGUAUUGCUGCAGCUAGACUAAGAAAAUUAUACUUGGGAAGUAAGCCUGAUUUCGUGGAUGCAAUAACAGAAGCAACUGGUUGUCCACCAUCUCAAGGUUUCUUACCUCCUCGUGGUUCAACCGCGGGUGAAGAAGAUGUUAUCAGGUGUAUUUGUGGUUUACAUAGGGAUGAGGGAUUGAUGAUUCAAUGCGAACGCUGUCUCGUAUGGCAGCAUUGUGAUUGUGUUAAAGCUGAUACGAGCAUAGAAUCUUACUUGUGUGAAAGAUGUCAUCCACGACCUGUGGACUUAGAAAUACCAUUAGAAGGUGAUGAGGAAGAAGAAGGCAAAAAACAUUAUGUUACUUUGAUGCGUGGUGACUUACAACUUCGACAGGGAGAUACCGUAUAUGUUUUAAGAGAUACUCCAGAAAAACAUACAUACAAAACAAUUCAAAAACCUGAUUACGAACAAAUGGAUAUAUUUAGAAUUGAGAGACUCUGGAAAAACGCGGAAGGUGAAAGAUUUGUAUUUGGUCAUCACUAUUUAAGACCACAUGAAACGUAUCACGAACCAACAAGAAAAUUUUAUGAAAAUGAAGUUGUGUGUGCUCCACUUUACGAAGCUGUUCCGUGUGAUUUGGUUGCUGAACGCUGUUGGGUCCUUGAUCCUCAUACGUAUUGUAAAGGACGGCCGGUUGGUUCUACACCAGAGCAUACUUACGUUUGCGAAUAUCGCGUUGAUCGGGCGGCUCGAUUAUUUACAAAAGUUGCCAGAGCUAGACAUCAAGUUUGUACGAAGCCUUAUGCAUUUGAAACUUUUCCACAACGCAUUAAGCAUUAUCGUACAUAUUUGCCUCAUAGUCUUGAAGGAAUUCAAAUAGGAAGUAAAAUGAAUAAAGAAAAAAAGAAAUCUAAUAAUCAAGAUGUUGAUAAUAAUCAAAAAUCUGAAUCGAAUGAAAAUGCAAAAACGCACACUAAAGAUCAACAAAAAUCUUCUACGAGCAAGAAUAGACGUCGAUCGAAUGAAAUUUUACCUAUUGUCACACCCGCUACAUCGUAUGCCCAGAGAGAAGAACAAAGAAGACGAUUGAACAAUAUUUUAAUCGGACUAUUACAAAAAAUGCCGAAUAAAAAGGAUCCCUUAGAUUUGUCAUUUUUAUUAGAAAGGAAUAGACGAAAUCGUAAAAGGCCAGGGGGAUUAAAUCCGUGACAUUGGAUUAUACAUGAUCGAUAGGCAUUAUCUAUAUAUAUAUAUGUGUUGUGUGUGUAUAAUGAAUACACAUAGAUACGCGCACGACACAUAAAUACCAUAUAGGUAAUAUAUAUCAUUGUUAAUCUUUUUCGCAGUCAACUCUGUAAUUAACGUGAUCGACCGAUCGAUUCUUUCAUUUUGCUAUAAGUAAUCGAUGUCAUCUAAUCCGUUUUAUAAGGAAAACGGUAAACAGUAACGCGUUUUCUUCUCCUUCUUACACUAUGACCCGUCCAUUCAUAUAAUUUAAUCUUAAACAUGAAGGUUAUUCCUCAAAGGACAUUGUAUCAAUCAAGAUUUUUCAUAUAUGUUAUUAAUACGUUCAUUACCAACGUUACGUAUAUGUAACGCAUUGAGAUUUCCAUUGAGAUCAGUAUCAUAUAUAUAUAUAUAAUCAGAAUUGCCAGCAUGCGAGACAAAAUGGUUGACAAUGACGUAAAGAAUAGAAGAGUGAGGGAGCGAUGUUGCUAUAUAUAUUGAGCGAUGUAAUGACGUAGACUUUUAAGCUACAUGCUGACAACUCUGUGUAUAGUGAUAAAUAUUCAAAAAAUAAAGCAUAGCGAGGAUUUCUUCUCCGCAGCGAACGUAUUAAUACAUAUUUAAAACUACAGAAAAUUUUUUUAUUAAUACAGUAGAAAGUUUUCUAUAGUUUUUUUUUUUUUUUUUUUUGACAUCAAUUUGAUUUAUUAAACUUUCUUUGCUUACACUGGAAGUUAAUAUCGAGAUUAAAAUAAGAAAAUGGAUAAAAUUGAACAUCGAUUGUUGAGAAAAUGAUGAUGUUCGACUGUUUUUUUUUUCUUCGACUAUUUUUCAAGUAUUGUGUUUCAUAAAAUUUAUAAAGAUCGCAUAGAGAUACAAUUUGUUUUCGACUCAAGUCGAGAAUAUCAGAUCCUAUACGUGGAAUAAUGUAUCUAACAAAUUGGAUCUAAUGAGAGCUAUUAUUUCUAAUAUAAUUCUAAUAUAAUUAGACUCGCGAAAUUGUAUAAAAGUAAUUUGUAAAUUUCUUUCAUAGUGGAUACACUUAAGUGUACAAAUUAUAUAUUACUCGGGAUUGAGGAAAAUAACAACGGCACAUAUAAGAGAACAAUGAAAUAAGAAAAAAAUCGAAUACAUGUGAGGCUUUAUUGCACAAAAGUACCAUUAUAUUUUUCAUAAUCCCAGUGUUAUUUGAAUUAAGUGUAAUAUAUAGCUUUUUAAAUUAAUAGAUAAAACUUUACUAAAAAAACAUAUUUAAUUUAUUAAUUAUUGUGGUCGGAUAUAGCUAAUUGUUGCUAUAACGACGAAUAUACGCAGGAUUUCGUAUUUAUUAUUACAUUAUACAGUAAAUACAUAUUAUUAAAAGCUAUUUAUAAUAUAAGUCUUAUUUUUAUUAUAUGUUUCUACGUUUUUGCACAGUAUCUGAGGCAUUUUUAUUGAAUGAAGUGAUAUUAUAAUGUCUCAUUUUGUUUUUUUUUUUUUUUUUAUAUAAUUUAGAAGCAUACCAAUGUAGCGUAGUUACACCAUGCAAUGGAUUUUUUGUAGUAUGACAGAGAAAGAUGCCUACCUUCGUACUAAGUAGAAAUUAGUGAAUUGAAAGUAGAAUUUUAAAUUCUAAUUCUUUUUUAAAAAAAUUUAUGAAUGAUUUUUUAAAAAAAAUAUCAAUGUAAUAUAUUUUUUUCCUAUGAAAAAAUGAGAUUAAUAGUACAAUGUAUGUCUCGAAUGAAUGACUAAUAUUUUUUCUUUUUUCUUUUUUCUUUUUGGAAAUAAAUUAUAAAAAGAUAUGAUAUUAUUUCAAAAUAUAAGAAAAUUAUUUUAAUGAAUUAUAAAGAUCUAUUUAUAUGAGGCAGUAAAAAAAUUAAAAGAGCUUACGAUUUAUCGGUAAUCUUGCAUGAUAAAAUAUCUGCGCAAUUACACAAAAUGCGUUACAAAUGUCGUUAAACAAACUGUAUCGCGUAUAUGUAAAUCAUUUUGAAUUAACUUAAACCAACAUUUGUAGAUUAACAAGGUCAACAUUGUCGAUUACGUUGACAAUUAUAUUAAGCGUGCGUGAAGACUGAAUUACUGUUACAGGAUAUUUCUAGCAGGUAAUUGCGCUGAUUGAAUCUGGGUUGUAAAUAAUUUAAACUCUAAAUAAAUAGAAGAUAUUUUUUAUUUUUACGAAUAA